AUGGAGGACCCUAAUAAUGAUGUCAACGACUUGCUGAGGCUCACGCUCUGGCGGACAGGAGAUUCAGCCGCCAUUCCUCGACAGGAGGAGGCAGGCAACGCUGCUGCAAGGCCGAGACGGCCGCAGGGGGCGCCGAGAGACCGAGUGCGCGGGCCGCCGGAGAGAGAGCCGAUCGCGCCGCCGUACCCAUGGGCGACGACGAAGAGGGCGAAGAUACACAGCUACAGGUACCUUGAGGCGAGAGGGAUCACUACAAUCAAGGGUGAAUUGCAGUGCGAGAAUUGCAACGCGAAGUUCGAGGUAGGUUAUGAUUUGGUGCAGAAAACUGCGGAGUUGAAGAACUUUGUUAAGCGUCGGGAACGCGGGAUGCACAACAGGGCGCCGGCGGAGUGGAAGAACCCGGUUCUGCCGGACUGCUUGAGGUGCCACCACAAGAACUGCCUGAAGCCUACGGCUGCGGCGAAGAAGAAAACCAUCAAUUGGCUGUUCCUGCUGCUGGGGCAGAUGAUCGGGUGCUGCAAGCUUGCCCAGUUGAAGUACUUCUGCAAGCAUACGAAGAAUCAUCGGACUGGGAAAAAGGAAUGUCUCAUCUAUCUUGCUUACAAGGAGCUCUAUGAGCAGCUCUGUCCGCCAUAG